AAAUCAAUCUGUGAAUCACUGGACUGAUGUUGGUAUUUCCAACAGCACGUGAAGCCAGCACACUUUAUUAACUUUCACUUUCGGUUGUAAGACUCAGUCAGAGGCUGUGUCAGUGAACCAUGGCGCCUAAAAGCGUGAAGAAGCUUUUAGCGGACACGCUGGAGGAUCUGACCGAGCACAACCUGGACAAGUUCCGCCACCGACUCGUGGACCGCAAGGAGGAGCCUCUGGUCAGACUCAACCGAGUGGCGGGCAAGAACUUCCUGGUGCUCACCGACGUCCUGGUUUCCACCUUCACCGAGAAAGGAGCAGUGCCCGUGGCUGCGGAGAUUCUUCGAGAGAUCGACUGCAACCAAGAAGCAGAGAGACUCGUUGAGGAGUACGCUAAACAAUCCUCAAACUCUGGAUCCAGGGACGAUGCAAAAGCCUCAUGUGGAGCAACAGGUGGAAACGGAAAGGCAGAGGGGGGAUGCUCAGAAAAGCACUUUGUGGACAAGCAUAAGCUUGAGCUGAUCAACAGAGUGAGCAACAUUGAACCAAUUCUGGAUGAGCUCUUGGAGAAAAAGGUCAUCCUGGAGGAAGCUUAUGCAAAAAUCCGGGCUCUGUCGACCUCUCAGGAGAAGAUGAGGGAGCUCUUCUCUACAUCCCUGAGAGCCAGUGAGACCUGCAAAGACAUCUUCUACGAAAUCCUGAAGAAAAAUGAAGCGUAUCUCGUAGAUGACCUGCAGGGAAAAUAUAAAAUGUGAAGGUGAAAUCCAUUUCUUGACCAAACAUAACUUGUGUCUUGUCCUAUGAGAUUUUUUAAAGUCGUAAUCAUUGAUGAAAUAUUAAUGUUAAUGCAUUGUUUUCUACUUGGGUUUUUAUAAGGUUUAUCAGAACUGUUGCUUUUAAUUUUACUCUUAAUAUUUGAACAAUCAAGAGAAUAGAAUCAUGAAAAAUUGAUUGUGGGAACAAACAAACUUUUAUUACGAUUAAAAACAGUUUUAAACUCU